AGAAUCGUGCGACCGUUAGUUUCCUCGUACCUUCCCUCCUGAAGUCAAUCACUCUAACACCAUGCAGGACACCCACUAUCGAAAACUCGCCUAUUAAAUGGCCUUCCCAAAGCAUUAAAAAUGGUGGACAAUGCCGUCAAGAUGCUUGACAAAAACGAUGAUGAAACUUUUAAACUUCGAGAUAUGCUAUUCCCCAAGCUCGCCUUCCACAAGCUUAACAAGCCAAGAGAGGCAUUGCAAACAGUCUCCGAUGCGAUGGUCUUGAAUUCGGGCAGAGACGCCGGUGUCAAAGAUAUGCGGGACCCAAUAAUCUUCUGCGACCUAGACCGAUGGGAAAAAGUCGGCUCUGCCAAACGCGGCGAGCCGCAGGCUUACAGAAACAAACUGACACAAAAGUUCGACGAUAACGCAGACGGGAUGCUCACCAAAUGUAUGCACAAAAAAGAGGUCGCGGCCUAUUCCUCCAGAUUUGAAGGGGAGGGUUCCGAAAAUAGUCAGGAUUUUAUCCAACUUUGCCCCUGGUGGUUGGAAUGGGUGGAAGGAGACGAGCUUCAAAAGGAUCUCAAUAAAUGGACCGACGCGGAAUGGGCCAAUAUGAGGUUGCCUCCUCAAGCCUCCAAGCCGGGGAAGGAGACCUGGCUAGAUGCGAUUCUCACAUUUGAGCGUAAUCUUAUCCAUGAGUUCUCUCACACAAGCAAUGGUGGUAAGACGGACGAUAUGAAGGGCCCGGAUGGAUCGAUGCUGUAUGGAUGGAAACAAUGUGUCAACACGCCCGUUCUUGAUAAGUUUAAAAAUGCCGACUCUCUCGGCCUUUUUUGCGUUGCCACGGACUUGGUGGAUAAGAAGAUGCAGAGGCCACUGAAGGAUGGAAAUUUGGAGAGGAUGUGUCCUGGCAAGGGAAAGACGUAUGAGAAUAAAUGUGCGGUGAUGUAAACAUGAUCAAGUAAUAUGGGCUCCCCACUGGGUGGCCCAGAUGGUUGGGAUAGUGAAAGGAGGACCACAUCAUGACACGCUAUAUCCAGCCAUGUAAUAGUUUUUGCUCUACCAAUACAAGAUGUGAACUAUGUCCAAAAUCGACAAUGCUCCUAAAACAAGUAUGUGAAUCGGGCUGUCCCCGUUUAUUUUCACACCACAUUUACCAAGUCAAUCAAUGCUGGGGCUUCCUGUGAUGGAGGAAAAGAGUGG